UUGGCUGUGGGGAUGGAGCUGUACCACGGCUGUGGCAGCCGGUUUUUCUGGUUGUAUCAGUGGGCAAUGGUUGCUCUGACGGUGGGUUGCCUGCACUGUGAUGAGGACUUCUCGACGAAAUUCGCUUUUUACCGACACCAUUUGAGUCUCAAAUCCUGGUGGGUUGGAGACAUCCCUGUCUCGAGGAACCUCUUAAACGAUUGGCCUAAGGACACAAUGGAGAAACUCCGUUUCACCUUUCCACCCGAAAUCACUUUGAAUAAAUUGCACCAUAUUGCUGCAGAAGUGUACAAGAAACUAGACAAACUGUAUGAAAGGAAGAUGUAUCACCCUGGUUUCUUCCCCAAAGUUUUGCGUUCUAUUUUCCAAGAGCAGAUAAAGAUGCUACGGGUUGCCAUUAUUGAAAGUAAAUUAGCAUGUGAGCACCACUGUGGAAUCUAUACAUAUGACACAAUAACUUGCCAGACUUGCAACUCCUCUCAAUCAGCCUGCUUUGGAUAUAACUGCGAAUCAUCAGAUGAGUGGGAAAAAGCUGUCAAAGGCCUUUUCAAUGAAAUUCCUUUUUCAUUGAACUUUACACAUAAGGAUGAGAAGACACAAGAUCAUUCUCAUCUGGAAAAAAUAUUAUCAUCUGGAUUUUGAAUUAAGGAAAGAAAAACUGGAAGGACUAUAUCAUCUCCUCCUUGGAAAUAAAGAUUAUUUUUUCUCUGA